AAGGAUCUUUAGCCGUGUGAGAUCCUGAACAAAAUAGGCAAGUGGGAGACUGUCUUGUGCAUGAUAUUCCUUCAUGAUUUUGAGCACACACAAAACAAUGGGAAGAUGACCUACACUGUGAAGUUACGUGUCCAAAACGACAACAUUUGUGUCAUUGAAUAAGAGGUAAAAUGUAGGGCUCAACAGGCAUUGAGGUGAAAAAACAAUAAAUGUUAGAAGGAAGUUUCUGGCCGGAAAAAGUUAAAACAACUGUUUGAGAGGGAAUCCACACAGUACUUUGGUUUUCAUUAACUGACUUUCUAUUAAAUCGGCGAGCUUUAAUAAUUGAGCCAAAACCAGCUGGGACCUCGAUUGAUGAUAUGAGUUCCUCUAAUGUCCACUCUACAGGGACCUGCCUCACUAUUCCCAUCUGUGUGACAUUAUAGGAAGGGAUUACAGUAUCAUAUUUAGCACCUGCAAGGGCUGGGUUCUCAAUAAAACAAUUUGCAUCAGCUGCACUUUUAAACUCGACAGAAAUUCUAUUGCGUCCUAUUCGCUUAACACCACCACUAACAACAUUUUUAAUAUUAUUAUGGUAGAGAAAAUGACCAAACUUUAUCGGUUUUAAAACUACUCCAGUUGAUAAAUCAUCUACUCUCUUACUUACAUGAACAAUAAACGGCGCAUUGUCGUUAUUAGAAUAUUUAUGUUUUUUUUCUAUGUAGUCAUGAUGGGUAUAAGAGGUCUGAAUAGAUGGUACAGGUUGAGAUGGAUCUGUAAUUAAUCUUUUCUGAGGAUGAGCUGAGUUAUUGGUUACUUGCAAUCUUUUACGCUUCGACUGAUCAAUUUCGAUAGGCAUAUUAUUAUGUUUUUUGGUAACAGUAUGGGAGUCACAUGGAACCCCGUCGGGAUCGGGAGGAUCUUCCUCCAUUUUAUUUUAACUAAUUACAUAUAACACAGCACAAUUACUAAAUACUUACGGAUUUAUAACUACUAAAACCUUCACCAAUAGAAAUAAUAAACAAAAAAGUAAAUCAACAGCUCUCAGAAUAAGAAAUAGCCAAAAACACAAUGACACCUCACACCACUCCUCAAAAACCCCCUGUUUUUAGGUUAUUGUGAUAAUCAUAUUUAUUUGUUAAUUUCUCAGUAUUCCUGUUAGAUGUGGUAAAACUAGUAUUACUAUUGUAAUCUAUUGGUUAUAAGGAAUAAAUUGACAUGUGUUUCAUUAAAUUACGCCUGGUUAUGGCGGUGGGCCCAUUCUCAAUACAAAAAGAAAUUGUCUCCUUUGGUAGGAUUCAAUAUCCUAGCAUCCAUUCAUUCAAUCUUCCAUUCAAAAUGUUUGGUGAUUGGUAUGGUGAUAGUAGUGUAUGCAUAAGUCUCGUGGAAGAAAGAAUGAUGUUCUACAAACUAUUUACGUUUUUUCCAUUAUUUACUUUAUUUUUAACAUUAUAUGUAAUAACAAAACUAUCUGUUGAAAGUUUUAAAUGUAUAGAAUUAACGUUCUCUGUGUGUUUCUUCUCAAGCGUCCAACAAUACAAAUAUUCAAAUAUCAUUCUCCUUGUUACUCAUAUAUCGUGCAUAAAGUACAAUGAGUAAUAUUAAAAUAGACAAGCAGUUCAAGAUAUUAUUAGUGUAAUACCCAUGUUUAACAUUUAACCGACAAAAAAAUUACCGGAAAUUGCCUUAGCAGGCUAAUCUUCUAAAUAAAUUCAGCUUUUUAACUACCUAUGUCUUAACUUUAAACAUGUGCUAUAAAAAAGUUUCACUAUGCUUAAAUCUGACGGCUCCGUAGUGCAGUCGCUUAGUAAUGAGUUGCGCUGUGGGCCGCGGGUUCGAAUCCCGCACGGAACAAAUAUUUGUAUGGCCUACAAAUAAUUGUUCCAGGUCUGAAUGUUUGUCCUCGUGCAAUUUAUGUUUGUAAACUGCCUCCACGAUACAGGAGAAGAAAAUCCUAGUGUGGUGGUAAAGUUUUAAAAAAACCUGUUUAAAAAAAUCUAAAAGUUGAAAUUUGUGCAUUUGUAAUGAAAUAAUUUAAACUGUUUAAUCCAGUAGUUUCAGUUUAAAAAAAAAGUAUACCUAUUUGAUAUUUUAUAGCUUUUUAACUUAAUUUUGAUUUCAGACUAAUAUGCAAGUCAAUAAUAAAAAUGAAGAUUAUUUCCUUAAUUUGGAAGCAAUUAUUCGGGGCACGGAAACAACUCAAGGUCAGUGCUUGGAGUGCCAGAACCCAACUAU